AUGGUUCUCAGUUUGUUUGGAUGGGGAAGUUAUGCGAGGCCAGAGUCAGGAGAGGCUAUCGAGCUUGAGCCGAAGGGAAAGGUUGUCAGGACACGAGCUGAGCAGCUGAAACGGUUAGGUAACCAGGAGGAUUCCCCUGCAGGUCUGUGCUCCCAAUCGGACCUCCUUUACCCAGGACUAGUGAACAUCUCGGGAACCUAUUGCUUCCUCAAUGCUGUCCUCCAGGCGCUCGCUUCUUGUGUAUAUCUCCAACCGUUCUUGGAUCAGUUACAAGAGAGAGCAGAGGAGUUAGACGUUCCAACCCCAGUCAUCGACGCACUGCGGGAUAUUUUGCAAAAACUAGAUGCCCCUGGUACCCGCUUUCAGGCACUGCGCCCAUCCGCCAUUAUCGAAGCGCUCGCCAAUUCUUCCCAGCAGAAUCAUAACACCCUAUUCCUAUCGCGGGAGCACCAAGAUGCACAAGAACUAUUCCAGCUAGUAUCGAGUGUGCUGCAGGAAGAAACAAACGCCGUCCAGCAGGAGGCGAUCAAAGAUUUGGGUUUGAAGGGGCUGCAUUCGCUCAAGCCCGCGAGUUCAGGUGCGGUGGACCUGUCCACCCCUUUCGAAGGUCUUUCCGCCAACCGGAGGACCUGUGGGGACUGCGGCUACACCGAGGCCGUGAUGCACUUUCCCUUCGACAAUAUCACGCUCGCCCUCCCUGCACAAUCAUCUUGCGGUCUUGAGGAGUGCUUGCUGGACUACACACGUGUCGAACGGCUGACCGAUUGCGUAUGCCGAAAGUGCUCAAUGCUUGCGACGUUGUGGAAGCUCGGAGCCGACUCACAGCGGCUGGCGGAUAGGGGUGAAGAAAGGAGUCCAAGCAAGAAGAAGCGUGGGAAAGAGGCAAAAAAGCUUGAGGGACGAGUGAAGGAGGCGAUUGAUGGUGGGAGGGUCGAAGAGGAUAUCAAGGGGGUCAAGGUGGAGAAGGUGUAUAGUAGCUCAUCGAGCAAGCAGACGAUGAUUGCUCGGCCACCUCCAAUACUCGUCCUGCAUGUCAACCGGUCGACCUACUUCGGUCACGGCUACGCUGGGCGCAACUCCUGCCGCGUCUACUUUCCUGAGCUGCUCGACUUGACCCCUUUCACCACGGGCGGGGAGCUUAACUUACUCCCUAAUGUUUCCCUCUCCGCACCAUCUAUUCUCUCCCUUCCAGCCCUCCUAGCCAAUACCCGCGCUGCCGUGUUAUAUCGUCUCGAUGCCGUCGUGUGCCAUUACGGCACCCACUCCUACGGACACUAUGUUGCCUUCCGACGGAAACCCGCACCUCCAAACACCAAAGUUCGCUGGGCCCCACCCACGCUUUCCUGCCCCCUCGACUGUAUUUGCGAGGACUGCCGUGUUUAUGGACCCGUGAGGGACCAGUAUAGCGGCCGUUAUGCGGGGUGGUUGAGGAUGAGCGACGACAAUGUUGAGGAGGUGGGGCUGAGUGCAGUGCUUAGAGAGACAGCGGGGACGUUCAUGUUGUUCUACGAGCGGAUACAGAUGCCGCCAAAUCCUGUCGCAGUACAGAAGACGGGAGAAAAGGCGGACAAGACGAGCGGGCGGAUCGUGCACAGCGUACAGAUUCGAAACGGGCGACGAACGGAGAACGGGCACAAGCUGGAGUUGGCGGCAGAGUCGAGCAUGGAUAUUGACAGCAGUUCUAGAGAGGGAAGCGAGACGCCUGAACCUGCGCCAAGUGAGGGGACAGCUACUGUUGUUGGCGAGGAGCGGCAAGAUGUUGGAAAACUGUAA